AUGACAAAAAUGGUGAAUGCAUUAACUGCUAGGAUGGAAAUAGGAAGUCCUAUGGCUUCUCUCUAUCUGCUGGGAAACCCUGACCACUAUACAAGUCACAAGUUCACUCUUUUCUAUUGGAAAAAUUUUGUAAGAGAGGCUCGUGAUUAUAUUUACCAUCCUAUUGCUUAUGAGAAGAUGUCUUUAUAUGACUGGAUAAGAAAAGCAAAAAAAGAGAAACACACAAAAGAGGAGCAGCAGGAAUUCGAUGCUCACUAUGACAAAAAUGAAAAUGAAGUUGAUGAUGAAUCAGUUACCGAAGGAGAAGAUGAACUCAAUUUCUUGGGCAGUGGAGCAACUACAUGUGAUAUAGGAGAUGAAUUGCUUGGUGAAGAUUCUGAUGAUGAACUUAACUAUGAAAUUUUUUACGAUGACGAACCUGAUAGUCAAGAGUUUCUACCUGAUCACCCUCAACAUUGUACACACAAGGUAGUUGUUUUUGAUGAGGAGAAUGCUCUUAUACCAAAUUUUGUUGGCAGAGGCUUACCUCGCCGUGAUCAAGGUGACAGAGAAUAUUACUGUUCUACUAUGCUUUCUUUGUUCAAACCUUGGCAAAAUGGCAAAGAUUUGAAAGUAGAAGAUGAGUCUUGGGAUGAAGCUUUUUGUGGCUAUGCAUUUUCAGCAAGACAACUUGAGCUUAUGAAUAAUUUCAAUAUCAAGUAUGAAUGUAAUGAUGCCAGAGAUGACUAUUCUGCACAGAUGAAGAAGAAAGGUGAAAGAGAAGGAAUACUAAGCUCAUGGGAUGACACCGGGGGUGAACUUGAUGCUAACUUUCCUGACUUUGGUGAAGAUGGUCCAUUGGAUAUUGAUGAAUCACUGUAUAUGUUGGGAGACCCCAAUAGCAUCAAUAAUCAGAAGCUUCAUGAAAUGAACAGAAUUGAGAAUGUGGUUCAAAAUGCAGGAUGGCUUGAUCCAUGCAUUGGCAAUAUUGAUCCAGUGGAUGUAAACUUCAAGCUAGAAGAAGAAUGA